AAGGGUCCCUUCGCUUACAUCAUAACAAAAGUGAUCAUGGCCUUUGUGCUGUUCGGGGCAGUGUGGUCCAUCACUGAGAAGGAGUGUCUUCCCGGGGGGAAUCUCUUUGGCAUCGUCCUCUUAUUUAUUAGUGCCGUCUGUGGGGGGAAGCUGGUGGGACUCAUCCAAUUUCCCACACUGCCUCCUUUCCCUCCACUCCUUGGAAUGCUGCUGGCCGGCAUUCUUCUACACAGCGUCCCCGUGGUGUCGGACGCCGUCCACAUUGACUUCAGAUGGUCUGCCGCCCUGAGGAACAUCGCCCUGGCCGUCAUACUGACCAGAGCUGGUCUGGGAUUGGAUGCUGCUGCACUGAGGAAGCUGAAGGCGGUGUGUGUGCGAGUGGCGAUGGGGCCCUGUAUGGUAGAGGCCUGUACGGUGGCUCUGGUCUCUCACUUCCUCAUGGCUCUGCCCUGGACCUGGGCCUUCAUCCUGGGGUUUGUGCUGAGUGCUGUGUCCCCAGCGGUGGUCGUCCCCUCCAUGCUGCUCCUCCAGAAGGACGGCUUCGGUGUGGACAAGGGAAUCCCCACGCUGCUGAUGGCGGCUGGCAGCUUCGACGACGUCCUGGCCAUCACUGGCUUCACCACCUGCCUGGGCACGGCCUUCGCCACAGGUGCCACCUGGUACAAUGUGCUCAAGGGCAUCCUGGAGGUGCUGGGAGGGACAGUUGCUGGACUGGUCCUCGGUUGUUUCCUGCGCUUCUUCCCCAGUAAAGAUCAGGAAGACCUGGUUAUCAGACGCUCCUUUCUGCUUCUGGGCCUCUCUGUGUUUGCUGUGUUUGCCAGUCGUGUCGCCGGCUUCUCUGGGGCCGGAGGCCUUUGCACCCUGGUCAUGGCAUUCCUGGCAGGACUGAGCUGGAAACAAUCAAAGGUUCCUGUGGCUGCCGUCGUGGGGAGGAUCUGGGAUGUGUUCCAGCCGCUUCUCUUCGGUCUCAUCGGAGCUGAAAUUACCAUCUCUGCUCUGGACCCCAGUACCGUGGGUCUGGGCCUGGCGGUGCUCGGUAUUGGGCUCCUCGUCCGUGUUCUCAUCACCUUUACCAUGGUGCUCUUCGCUGGCUUCAACUUCAAAGAGAAGGUUUUCAUUGCACUUGCAUGGAUUCCAAAGGCCACUGUGCAGGCUGCCAUCGGAUCCACUGCACUGGACAUGGCUCGCCGCCAGGGGGACGCUGUCCUGGAGAAGUACGGCAUGGAUGUCCUCACGGUGGCUGUUCUUGCCAUCCUUGUCACGGCUCCCAUCGGGGCCCUGAGCAUCGGCCUGGCGGGACCACGGCUGCUUCAGAAACAGACAGACCCCAACCAAGGGAACGGGUGUCCACAAGGAGCUCCAGCAGAAACUACACUUGAGCAGCCCAUGGCCAGUGAGAGCAAAAUUUGA